AUGAGCUCAGAUAAUAUGGAAACAUCCCAAGAUAAUGGACAUAGAGGCCUCACCAAGAGAAGGAUAAAAAUGGAGAGGAACAAGAAGAAGACAGACAAUAGUAUCUACUAUUAUGGACCCGAAAGGAAGUACAUCUCAGGAUAUACAGAAAAGAAAGGAUACGAUGGGGAAGAGAUGACCAAUCCUAGUACGAGUAAAUAAAACUAAAACUACCAGUAAAUCAAGGGGCAGGGCCAAGGAUCUUAGUUCUGUCAAGAAGACUCUAUUCAAGAAUGAAAAGAGCGGAAACACGAAAGGUUCCAAAAGUAGGAAGAGCAGAGAGUGAAACAGAAAUGAAGAAGAACAGAAAUCUUCACUUGGCAACCAGGUCCGGACCAGACAAGAGAAUUCACUUGGAGAGUUGACCAAGAAAUUUAUCGAGCUUAUCAAGCAGAGUGAAAAUAAUACUAUUGAUCUGAAUUACGCAGUGGAGCAACUUGAUGUACAGAAGAGAAGAAUCUAUGACAUUACCAACGUGCUUGAAGGGAUUGGUCUUAUAGAGAAAUGCUCUAAGAAUAAGAUCAGAUGGAAGGGAUCCCUCACCAUGAAUAUCUCUGCCAAUACUUUGGAGCCUACCUGCACUACUUCUUAUUUAGACAACUAUGAAGAAGAUGAUGAGAUCCAGAGACUCAAGGAUGAUCUCCUUGCUCUUGAAGAAGAAGAGAGAUUGCUUGAUGGUACUAUUGAGAACGUAGAGAAUCAGCUUGAUGAAAUGUCCAAAGACCCUCUAUAUGAGCAAUUUGCAUAUGUGACAUUCGAAGAUAUUAACAAGCUUAAAAAUAUAAAUGGAGAUAAUGAUAGCACUCUUGUAGCAAUUAGAGCCCCUAAGGGGACAACUCUGGAGAUACCGAAUAAGCCAACCUCUCACGAUCACUCUAAAGAUGAAGAACUCAAUAAAGACGAGAAUGGUGAAGAUUUAGACACCAAUCAGAUCUUUCUUGUAAGUCCGAAAGAAGAAAUCUAUGUCUAUAUGAUUGAGAAUGAGAAUUCCAGCUCACUAUAAAGUCUCCAAAUAAUGACGACGAAGAAGAUAUGGAGAUAGACCAUGAUAAUGGACAAAACCUAAAAGAUGCCGACUUGAUUUGUAAUGAGACUAUCGCUGAAAAUGAGCAUCAGAAUGGAAAGGAAAGCAACGGAUUCGAUGAAUCCGAGCACCACGAUGGGGGCCUACGAUGGCUAUAAAC